GAUAUCCAUAGUACAAUUCAAAACUAGAACCUGGAGAUUCGACAUGUAAAUUCUACGAACAAAUAUGUGUGUAUCCUUAAGAUAAAAAGCACAAACUACUUAUAUAUCAUGGACUGGAAUAGCAAAUUUUCGAAUAUUGUACGGGAAACCGAAGAGAGUCUUUCGAGAGUCAAGCAACGACUUGGUUCUGCAAGGGCAACCACAUCAUCUGCCUUAGCAAUACAAUCCCCAACCUUCUCACCAACUGUGAAUGCUCACACAGAGAGCUACAGGAAUACCAGGGAAGCAGAGAGCCCACGAGUACGAUUCCGUCCCUCUACUUGGUCACGGGACGCUGAUGUGGGAUCAAGAAUUGCCCCUCUUGAUCAGUCACCUGCUGUGGUGCUCCUGUUACAGGAUAAAAUUGAGGAACAGGGAAGGACAAUUGAACAUUUGACACGAACUGUGAAAAGAUUGGAACAAGAGCGAAAUCAAAAUAAGCAAGAGUUAACAGCAUUAAGGGAUGACAUGUCACACUUGAAUUCUCGCAUAUCUGAAAAAGGCAUAGAUUUGAACACAGAAAGAAAAAUAGAACAAUGGAGAAGGGACAUGAGUACAGAGAUACAGGUGCUGCAGAGCCAGUUACAAAUAUAUCGUACUGCUGAUGACUCACAGAGAUUUACAGAGGGACAGCUUGCAUCUCUGAUUAGAGAAGUGCAUGAUUCAAAGAGAUAUGUUCAAGAAGAAUGUGAAACACUGCGAAGGGCUGUGGAGAAUCUCAAAACCAGAAUGGUGAAGAUGGAAUUAGAAAUGACAGCACUGCAAGCAGACAACAAAGAACUUAACCGUAGACAUGACAGGCUGGAUAUGACCAUUAGAGAUGUGUCAGAUCAUCAACUCACCCAGUCAAGGAGCUUAAACAGGAGCCUGGAUGAAAAGGAUUAUGAUAAAAUCCAGCUAGCAGAACUAAGGACAACAAUCCGCUCACUCAGGGAUAAAUUGGGCAGCAUGGAAGAACAGUGGUCUCCACAGAGAGACAACUUUGCCAAAGCACCAGAAGGAAAAGGGAAGUUAAAAUCAAAGGCAAAACAGAAGAAAACCAAAGAAGCUCUACUGUCUCCAGAUACCAGUGAUCUAGAAAUGAGUAGCAGUACCAGCUUAGCAGAUUAUUCCAGCUCAGACUUUGACACUGUGCCAAAAGAGCGGAAGAAAGUGAAAGAAAUAGCAUAUCAUGAAGAAUUGGACCUUGAACUAGAUUUGAGCGAUGUCCCGUCCAUAAGCACUGAAGACCUAGGAUCAGAUUGAAAAAUGUGAAAACAUGCACCCAUGUUAUGGUUCAGUCCUUAAGCUCAUUAAAACAAGGUUCAAGAAAUAUUUGAAUUUACACCCAAGAACUAUGGACCUUCUAAUGAAUGAAAAUUUUUGAUUUGUUUCUUAAUACAGUUUAGGUUAGACUGAUCGUUGUGCUUUGCCAUAAAACUACGUAGGCAGCAUGAGAAAAAUUAUGAAGUACACUCAAAACUUUCAAGUUACAUGAAAUGUCAUAUUCUUUAUUGUGUUUGUUAUACAAAGUGCACUCAAAUAUAGGUUCUGUUAAGGACCAAAGCCACAUUUAAUCUGCUCACCAAUGGCAGCACAAAGGCCAUCUUGAUAUCUUUGAUACAGUGGAAGGCAAUCAUGGUUGAACUUUAUAAAGAACUUGGUAUAUCAGCAAUAAGAGGACCAUUUAUUGUUAUAAUUUUUUUUUUAAUUUUUAAAAAGUACUUUGUUAACACAUGUCAAUGUACUGUACUUUAGAAUUGGGCAGUGUGAGGGUUCAGGGUUCACUAGUUUAUGUCCAGUUUCAGGGUCUCUACCAUGCAAGAUUCCAUAACCUUUAUGCAGUGAGUUA